AAGAGAACAUGAACUCCCGCCUGUAUUUUCAUGUCACCUGUGUGGCUCUGCUCUCGCUGUGCUGCAGUUUGUGUCACUGCACUCCUUUAUUCUAUAACGUAUCCAUGGAAGGCAGCGGUGAUGAAGCCGAGCUGGAGCUCCUUUUCCCCACGUCUUUUGCCACCCGAGCUCCUGUUGAGAUUACUGCAUCUACCGGAGCUCCCACCCUCACCAACACCAUCACCACCACCAUGAUCCGCCUGAAGGACUUCGUCCUGAGCCGAGUGGUGGACUUCCUGCAAGAGAAUCUGCUCAUCAUCAUAGUGGUGACCUCUCUUCUCAUCGUCAUGGUCUUUAUCAUCUGCUGUGCCUCCGCCAUGAGUCACAAGCGCAAGCUGGAGGCCUACAAGCCUCCUCCUAAUCCGCCCAGGAAGUAUACGGCUGAUAAAACCGGAGGACGCAAGCAUUCAGGAGACUUCCAGGAAAGGCCGUACGCCGUUGACCACGUCAAGAGGGUCCAGACUCAGAGCAUGGCCUCCCCCAAGAACCUGCGGCAGCCUUCCAAGGCUCUGGUGGGAGAGGGGGGGAGAGAGGUCAGGUCGUCGCCUCGCCAGGAGGUCAGAAAGGUCAGAGACGUAGAGGAGGUGGAGAAGCGCAGAGAGGAGCCCAAAUACAAGGAGCAGGGGAAGCACAGGGAGGAGGUGCAGCAGAGCUCCAGCCCCAGCACCAGCUCCAGUCCUCCUGUCUGCACCUGCCAUCUGAAGAAAGCCCACCACUAGGGCAGGAUACAGGAGUUAACUGGAAUUAAAGGUGACAUAAAUUAAAAACAAGAUCAGGCAGUUCCAGGCAUGUAGGUAAAAUAUGUCAUGAUUUCAGUGGAAUGACUUCAACAGAGAUCAUAGAGAGGGAAAUAUAUUUAAAGGAAGUCUGCCUUCACCUACAAAAUCAUCCAUCUUUAAAACACUAAACUCUAAACAAAGAUAAAGGAAAAUAUGAAUGAAUACAUGCUUCUCAUUCAUAAGUAUAAAACAGGAAACACAAUAACAUUCAGAUGUGUUACUGAAUAAAUCUACUCUCAAUUUAUGGAUUGACUUUGACAUGAAACAGCCAACGAUUGACACCAGCAGAUAUGAGCAAAAAUGGCUGAUUUCUUUGAAUACGGGGAGCCUUUCAGUUUGAAGGAGCUCUGUGGAUAGUCUGGCAGUGUGCAGUCACUUGACUUUUAUCAGUGGUUACAGUUCUCAACAGCUGAAAAUAACAGCCCUGUGUUGCUGAGUCUGCAUCACUUUAUGAAAAUAAUAGUUGCUCCCAUUAAUAAUACUGGAUAACAGAUGAAAAAAAUUAUAUACUGCACAGCCUGGAAUUUUCCAUGCUUGCCAAUUAGAAGUUACAAAUAUUUUCUGUAUUUGGUAUACAGUUUUUCUCCGUAUUCCUGCCCAGAGGAGCCUCCUCAGCGUGUCCUGCUGAACACCGUUUUAACAGCUAAGAGCCUUUAGACGAAUCAGCCACUCAGAGCAACAUCAUUUCUGCCGUAAAUAAAGCAAAAUGAAAUGGUGAUAAACUUGACAUGGAAAAGUAGCAGAAGAUUCUCUUUAUAAUCACAUUCAUAUUUACUUUUAUGUUUUUAUUUUAUGUCCUAUCAUACUGUAUUUUAUUUGAGGACCCUAAUUCACAAAGUUUAAACCAAAAGCUGCAACUGUGUCAUUUCUGGACAACUGAUUUAAAACAUACAUGCAUGUAUCCUCUAUUUUACAUAUUUAUUUGGUUGAUCAUUUCCAUUUCUGUCUUCUACUAGCAAAUACACUACAAGCCUUUUUUUGUUUUAUUUCGGUAAACAGCCUUUGUGAAUAAGGGUUCAAGUUUUCUUUAUAAUAAGUAAUACUUAUGUAUAAGAUAAAUUAUGUUUUUUUUAUGUAAAGAGUUCAAAUGAGUCAAAAACUUGAGUAUAGAGACAGACAGUUGGCCUGUUUUGCUGGUUCAGUAGGCUACAAAAGUUUAAAUGAAAUGCUGGCAGGUUUAUAUUUGCAGAGGUGGAAGAACUAUUCAGAUCCUUUACUUCAGUAAAAGUACUAUUAUUUAUCACCAUUAUCACACUGUGAAAAUUCUCCACUGCAAGUUAAAGCCAGUUACUUUUGAUACUUAAAACCAAAUUUUGCUGAACUUAUCCAAAGUACAGAUUCUGUAGUGUUUAGCUGUUAUAUAAGAUGUUUUUGGAUAAAUGUUACUGCUACAUAAGCGUAUCUGUUGCAUUUUACUGCUGUAGGUGUUCAAAGCUGAGCUAUUUUAACUAGUUUUGGUGGUUUAAUCUGUACAGAUGCAUUAAUCCCUAUAAGAUCAUCAUAUGUUUGUGGUCUUUCUUUCCUGUGAGAACCAUGUGUCUCUAAAAAGUAAACUUUUCAACCCUCAGUUGUGCUACGAGAAAAGAAUUUUACAGCCAAUCCAAGAGGAAUUUUUAAAAAAAAAUCAUUUUUCUAUCUUGAAAAGUAAAAGGAACAAUUAACCUUUCAGUUGCUUGUGAGAUGUAAAGAAGUAAAAGUAUGUUAAUUUGAGGAUUGCAUAAAAUGGAAAUACUCCAUUAAGUCAAUUUAUAGUUAAACACACUAUUUUAUUGAAAGUAUUUUGUUGCAUUCCACCACUGUAUAUUUGUCAUAUUUAUUUGACUAAAUCACAAGAAGGUCAUUUCUAAAACUCUCCAACUUACUGUCACAUUACUCAAGUUAGUGACUCUGAUCUGAACUAAAUGUGUGAUUUCCAGUUUGUAUGAUUUAAGGUCAAAACACUCUUUUUUUUCCGCUGAACCUCAGAUUGUUUUCCUCACGUUUCCACACAGUUGCCUCCUCUGUGACAGUUGCAUUGUUUACAAAAUGACAAUUUUGUUUAGCCUAUGUUUAAUAAAACUAUUGGUAAAGAU